GCCUGGGAACCAAAACCCGCGGAGCUCUCUGACUUCAACACCGGACCACCACACUCUCCCUUUUCUCAGGUUGGGGGUCUACAACAGAGACUUAAACCUUUUUAAUUUUUAAUUUCCUGAACCAAACAAAACCAAUUCCACAGUUUCAUCUAUAGCUUCAUUCAUGUGCUGCUGAGCCAGAGGAGCUGAAGAUGAAGAGCAGGCUGUCUCUGGCGGCGGCUGCCCUCCUGGCACUGCUGCUGUCCUCCUCUCAGGCACAGAAUCAAGUCGACCCUCCGUCAGAUUUGCGGUUUAAGAUUUUAAAUGAGAACACGGUGCAAAUGAUCUGGAGCAGACCGCAGUCCACGAUACAAGGCUACAGAAUACAAGUGACCUCAGACACAGAAGAACCAGCAAAAGAAUUUACUCUGCCUGAAUCUGCGAUUAAGACCUCCAUCUCAGACCUGAGUCCAGAUGUGGAUUAUGUCGUAACGAUAUCUGCUUACUAUGGACGAGAGGAGAGUCUGCCCGUUACUGGCCAGAUAACAAUUGAGUCAAGUGGCAGCACAGGAGGAACGCCCAGGAAACCAGACCCUUCAGAUUCAGUCAAAUGCUCUUUCAGUGCCGUCGCCGACGUGGUGUUCUUGGUGGAUGGCUCCUCGAGCGUGGGCAGGCCGAACUUCAAACAUAUCCGCAACUUUAUCUCAGCGACGGCCGGCGCCUUUCAGAUUGGAGAGGAAAAAUCCCGGGUGGGUGUGGUCCAGUACAGCAACGACGCCCGAACAGAGUUCAACCUUAAUAGACACUUAACCCGGCCGGCGCUACUCAGAGCCGUUGGCUCGUUGCCAUACAAGGGAGGAGGAACCAUGACAGGCGAUGCCCUCGACUACCUCCUGAAAAACACUUUCAUCGAGGAGGCCGGCUCCAGGAAGGGAUUUCCCAAAGUGCUGGUGAUCAUCACAGAUGGCAAAUCUGACGAUCCAGUGGAGAGUUACGCCAAGCAGCUCAGGAGCAAGGGGGUGGAGAUCUUUGUCCUCGGUAUCAAACAGGCCGAUGAAGAGGAGAUGAAGCUGAUGGCGUCCACUCCUUACAGAAGUCACAUCUUUAAUGUCGCUGACUUUAACGUGAUCAAGAAUGUGCAGAAAAAGCUCAUUACUCAGGUGUGCGCCGGGGUCGACGAUCAACUCAACAUACUCGUCAGCGGGGAAGAAGUCGUCGAGCCAGCCUCUAACCUACAAAUCCUGGAGGUGGCCUCAAAGUCCAUACAGGUGAGCUGGGAUCCCUCUAUCGGAGAGGUUUCUGGAUACAAGGUGCAGAUGAUCCCCAUGAUGACUGGCAGCAAGCGGCAGGAACUGUACGUGGGCCCGAGCCAGAGCUCGGUGGUGGUCAGAGACCUUUCUCCAGACACAGAGUACCAGAUCAGUCUGUACGCCCUGAAGGGCCUGACACCCAGCGAGCCCAUCACGGCAAUGCAGAAGACACAGCCAGUUAAAGUAUCAGUGGAAUGUUCUCUUGGCGUGGAUGUUCAAGCUGAUGUCGUUCUCCUGGUUGAUGGUUCCUACAGCAUCGGUCUGGCUAACUUUGCCAAAGUAAGAGCUUUCGUGGAGGUGCUGGUGACCUCCUUUGACAUUGGGCCAGAUAAGGUCCAGAUCAGUUUGGUCCAGUACAGCAGGGAUCCCCACACAGAGUUCUACCUGAACACUCACCAUGACCUGAAGGCCGUGGUCAAAGCUGUGAGGUCUUUCCCGUACCGUGGCGGCUCCACCAACACCGGCAGAGCCAUGACCUACGUGAGAGAGAAGAUCUUUCAGGGCAGUAGAGGGGCGCGCCCCAACGUUCCCCGCGUCACCAUCCUCAUCACUGACGGGAAGUCCUCCGACGCCUUCCAGGAGCCAGCCACCAAACUGAGGAAUUCUGAUGUGGAGAUCUUCGCAGUGGGCGUGAAGGACGCUGUUCGAAGUGAGCUGGAGGCCAUCGCCAAUAGGCCUGCAGAGACCCACGUUUACACCGUAGAAGACUUUGAUGCCUUCCAGAGAAUUUCCAAAGAGCUCACACAGUCCAUCUGCCUGAGGAUUGAACAAGAACUACGCAACAUCCAACAGAGACAACUGGUCCAACCGAGGGCCCUGUCCUUCUCAGAAGUUGGCCCCAGAAGCUUCAGGGCCUCCUGGGAGAUUGACGCCCCCAAUGUCCAGUCCUAUUUGGUUAAGUUCAAGCCAGCAGAUGAUGACGAUGGGCAUUAUGUGUCCAUGUCUGUGCCCGGACAAACACUCACCACCCUCGUCCCCCACCUCACCCCACUCACCCGCUAUGAAGUCAACGUUUAUGCUCAGUAUGACAAAGGGGACAGCUUGCCUGUUACCGGCUAUGAGACCACUUUAGAAGAACUUGGCCCCGUGCAGAACCUACGAGUAUCCGAAGAGACCACAGACAGCUUCAGAGUAUCGUGGCAGCCAGCUCCAGGAGCUGUCAUUCGCUACCAGUUGACUUACGAACCUGUUGGGGACGAGAGCUCGAAGCUGGUGAUGACCACUGACGGCCCAGAGACAACGACUGUGCUGCAGGAGCUUCAGCCUAAAACCACCUACCGCGUCACUGUCAUUCCUGAAUACCAGUCUGGCUCUGGAGCACCGCUGCAGACUGAUGGCACCACCAAAGAAGCCAAGGGUUCCCCCCGUGACCUGAGGGUUUUCGACGAGACCGUGUCCUCCAUGAAGGUCUCCUGGGAGCCGGCACCAGGGAAUGUGCUUCAGUACCGCUUGGCGUACAGACCCUCCGCCAGCAGCGGCCCCAAGAAGGAAAUUUCGGUGAAGGGCGACAACACGGCCGCCCUCCUGAAGAACCUGCAGCCGGGUACCCAGUACGACAUCUCCAUAAGUGCACGAUACCCGUCUGGCCUGGGUGACGCCCUGGAGGGACGAGGCACCACGCUAGAAGAGGUGGGUCCACCUAAAAACCUGGUCACCAGCGACGUGACCGACACCAGCUUUGCAGCGUCCUGGACAGCGGCGCCGGGGAACCCGAAGAUGUACCGGCUCCGAUGGAAGUCGCUGAUGUCUGAGGAGGCUGGAGAGAAAACAGUGCCAGGAGACGAAACCAACACCGUGCUGGAAGGUCUGAGCCCGGAGACGCUCUACCAAGUUUCUGUGGUCGCCGUCUACGAUCACAAAGACAGCGACCCACUCACCGGACAGGAAACCACUGAUGCCUCUGCCGCUGCUAAAAAUUUGAUUGUGUCGGACGAGACUGAGCGAACCAUGAAAGUCACGUGGAAGCCGGCGCCGGGAAAGGUGAUCAACUACCGGCUGAAGUAUGUUCCCAGUGGUGGAGGGAAAGAAGUGGCCCUCAAAAUCCCUGGGACGGUCACUUCCACCGUCAUGAAGCGCCUGCAGCCCAUGACCACCUACAACAUCACGGUUCACCCCAUCUACAAGCGCGGGGAAGGAAAAGCAAGGCAAGGAGUAGGAACGACACUGUCGCCUUACAAGGCUCCCAGGAACCUUCAGACCUCAGAGCCCACUAAGAACAGUUUCAGAGUCACCUGGGAUCCUGCACCCGGAAAUGUUAAGGGCUACAAAGUGACCUUUCACCCCGCUGGGAAUGAUAUUGACCUGGGGGAACUCCUUGUUGGUCCCUACGAUAACACAGUUGUUCUAGAGGAGCUCAGGGCGGGAACAACAUACUCUGUUGCCGUGUUUGGGAUGUUCGACGGAGGGGAGAGUAUGCCUCUGGCUGGAAAAGAGAAGACGACCCUCAUCGACGCUUCUGAGCCACCCCCUCUCGAUCCUUCUGACAAUCAGUGUAAGACCACAGCGAAGGCCGACAUCGUGCUGCUGGUCGACGGCUCCUGGAGCAUCGGGCGCAUCAACUUCAAAACCAUCCGCAACUUCAUCGCUCGCAUGGUCAGCGUGUUCGACAUCGGCCCACAAAGAGUCCAGAUUGGUUUGGCUCAGUACAGUGGAGACCCAAAGACUGAGUGGCACCUGAACGCCCACCCGACCAAGGAGUCCCUGAUGAACGCUGUUGCCAACCUGCCAUACAAAGGAGGCAACACCAUGACAGGAAUGGCUCUGAGGUACAUCCUUCAAAACAACUUCAAACCCAACGUAGGGUUGCGUCCCGACGCACGCAAAAUUGGAGUCCUGAUCACUGACGGAAAGUCCCAGGAUGAAAUCGUCUUCAGCUCGCAGGACCUGAGAGACAGCGGCAUCGAGCUCUACGCAGUCGGUGUGAAGAACGCCGACGAGAACGAGUUGAGGUCCAUCGCCACCGACCCAGACGAAAUCCACAUGUACAACGUCGACGACUUCAAGUUCCUGCUGGACAUCGUUGACGCUCUCUCUGACAACCUGUGCAACAGCGUCAAGGGCCCAGGAGUUGAACUGGAGGCGCCCACCAACCUGGUGACCUCGGAGGUGAGCCACCACUCCUUCCGUGCCACCUGGACGGCACCCGACAGCCCCGUCGACAAGUACCGUGUCACUUACACGACUGCUGGAGGACCCAUCCAGGAGCUGCUGGUCGACGGGUCGGUGACCACCGUAGUGCUGCAAAGCCUGACCCCUCUGACUGAGUACUUCGUCGAGGUUUACUCCGUGGUUGGCGAGGAGAGCAGCGAUCCUCUGAAGGGCACCGAGACCACCUUGCCCCUGUCAGCAGUGACGAGCAUGAAUGUUUAUGAUGAGACCUCAACCACCAUGUGGGUGAGAUGGGAUGAGGCGGCCGGUGCCACCGGCUACAUGCUGCUGUACAAAGCCAUCAACGCCACUGAGCCUCAGGAGGAGAAGGAGGUUCGUGUUGGAGGAGAUGUAACUAGCGUCCAGCUGAUGCAGCUGAUACCCAACACAGAGUACUCCAUCUCCCUUUAUGCCCUGUACGGUGAAGCUGCCAGCGACCCUCUGGAAGGGAGAGGAGUCACCUUGCCCGUGCCUCCUGCUGGAACCUUGAGAAUCACUGAUGUAACUCACAGCACCAUGAGGCUCCAUUGGGAUGCUGCUCCCGGAGCUGUCCGCAAGUACUUGAUCACCUACAAACAUGAGGAAGGAGACCUAAGAGAGGCUGAAGUCAGUGGUGAUGUCACCACCCUGGACCUGAGAAGCCUUACCUCCCAGACUGAGUAUGAUGUGGCCGUCACCCCAGUCUACGACGAGGGACCUGCAAACCCGAUGCUCGGAAGCGCCAUCACAGAUGUUGUUCCUGCCCCCAAGAACCUGCAGUUCUCCGAAGUGACCCAGACCUCAUUCAGAGCCACCUGGGAGUACGGAGCCCCGGAUGUGGCCCUCUAUCGCAUCGGCUGGACCAAGAGGGGGGAGAACAACUUCCAGUUUGCCAUCUUGAAUGAGGAUGAGAACUCCCACGUUCUGCAGAACUUGGACCCUGACACUGAGUACGAUGUCACCGUCACGGCCAUCUACCCCGACGAGUCCGAGAGUGAGGACCUGAUGGGAAUGGAGCGCACAUUGCCUCCUGAGCCUCCUCGAAACCUGAGGGUUUUCAACGCCACCACCUCCACGCUGACAGUGAAGUGGGACCUUGCCCCCGGCCCCGUCCAGAACUACAAGAUCACUUAUAAGCCCGUUGCUGGAGGCGAGCCUCUCAUAACGCAGGUUGGAGGGAAGAAGACCAGCGUCAUCCUGCAGAAGCUGGAUCCCAACACGCUGUACUCUGUCACCGUGGCCGCCGUGUAUCCCAGCGGCGUGAGCGCAGACAUCUCUGGCGAAGGACAAACCAAGCCUCUGGGUGGAGUGAAGAACCUGCAGGUGUUGAACCCCACCAUGACCACCCUGAAUGUGCGCUGGGAGCCCGCUGAGGGCCUAGUGAAGGAGUACAAAGUCAUUUAUGUUCCCGCCGCCGGAGGAGCUGAGAGCAUGGAAACGGUGUCUGCAGGCACAACCAACACCGUCUUGCGAAGCCUGCAGCCCGACACCCUCUACACCGUCUCUCUGGUGCCGGUUUACGCUGGGGGAGAUGGAAAGAGGAUGUCUGAAAAUGGAAAAACAAGACCACUGGGAGGAGUGAAAAACCUGAGGGUGUCGGACCCCACCAUGACCUCCCUGACUGUGGACUGGGACCCGGCUGACGGAGCCGUUCGCCUGUACAAGGUCUUCUAUGUGCCCGCCGCUGGUGGCCGCGAGGAGAUGGAGCAAGUUCCUACAGGCACCACCUCCAUCAUCCUCAGGAACCUGAUGCCCGACACGCUCUACACAGUGUCGUUGGUACCGGUCUAUCCUGCCAGGGAGGGGAAACGCCAGUCAGAGGACGGAAAGACAUUGCCUUUGGGAGGAGUGGGCAACAUGAAGGUGACCAACCCGACCAUCACCACUCUCACCGUAACCUGGAAUCCUGCUGACGGCAACGUUCAGGGCUACAAAGUGAUCUACGUUCCUGCAGAUGGGGGACUGGAGAUUGUGGAGCAAGUGUCAGAGAGCACCACUAACACCGUCCUGGAGAAGCUUCUACCGGACACCCGCUACACCAUCACCGUGGUCCCCGUCUACGCAGAGGGAGACGGACCCAGUCUGACAGACGGCGGGAAGACAAAGCCGCUGGGUUUUGUGAGGAACCUGCAGGUUACCGAUCCCACCACCAGCACCCUGAACGUCCGCUGGGAGCCCGCUGAGGGAAACGUACGCGAGUACAUCGUGAUCUGGGUGCCCGCCGCCGGAGGAGAGCAGGAUGUGGACCAAGUGUCUGGAACUACGACCUCCACGGUCCUGAAGAACCUGGAGCCGAACACAGAGUACACCGUCACAGUCGUGCCCGUCUACCAUGAGAUGGAGGGCAAGUCGCAGUCCGAGAAUGGGAAAACAAAUCCCCUGGGUGGAGUGAAGAACUUGAAGGUGAUCGACCCGACCAUCAGCACUCUGACGGCCCGCUGGGAUCCGGCGCCGGGCAACGUCCGCAGCUACAAGGUCUUCUAUACUGCUCAACCGGGAGGAGAGGACCGAAUGGAGGAGGUCUCAGGAGACACCACCAUCAUCCUGAGAAACUUGGAUCCCGACACCGUCUACAAUGUGGCUGUUGUUCCCGUCUACCCAGACGUGGAGGGCAUACGGCAGGCUGAGAAGGGAAAGACAAAGCCCCUGGGCGGAGUGAAGAAUCUCCAGGUGAUCGACCCCACCACCAACUCCCUCAGAGUUCGCUGGGAGCCGGCCGAGGGCGACGUCAGGCAGUACAACAUCAUCUACGUCCCCGCCGCCGGAGGGACCGAGAGCAUGACUCAGGUAUCUGGAAUGUCGACCAAUACGGUGCUGAGAGACCUGCAGCCGGACACCGUGUAUAAAGUGACGCUGGUGCCCAUUUACUCCGACGUGGAGGGGAAACGCAUGUCGGAGAACGGAAAGACAAAGGCUCUGGGCGGAGUGAAGAAUCUGCAGGUCACUGAUCCCACCACCAGCUCCCUCAAGGUGCGCUGGGAGCCGGCGGAGGGCAACGUCCGCCAGUAUCGCAUCUUCUAUGUUCCCGCGUCCGGAGGCGCCGAGGACAUGGAGCAGGUGUCGGGCGGCACCACCAACACCAUCCUGAGGAACCUGCUGUCAGACACUCCUUACACUGUGACUGUGGUUCCAGUUUACCCAGAGGGAGAAGGUCUGCGCCAGUCUGAUAUGGGAAAGACACUCCCCCGCACGCCACCCAGGAACAUACAGGUGUACAACCCCUCCCCCAACAGCCUGAACGUGCGCUGGGAGCCCGCCACAGGCCAGGUUCAUCAGUACCGGGUGGCUUAUGCCCCCUUGUCCGGAUCCAAACCCACAGAGUCGGUCCUGGUUCCAGGAAAUAUUAACAAUGCCUUCCUGGACAACCUGAUCCCAGACACUCCCUAUUCGGUCACUGUCUCAGCUCUGUACGCCGACGGGGAGGGAUCGCCAGUCAAGAACAACGGCAAAACACUGCCGCGGGCUGGUCCCAGGAACAUGCGUGUGUUUGACGCCACCACCAGCACCCUCACCAUCGGCUGGGACCACGCGGAGGGUCCGGUGCAGCAGUACAGGAUCGCCUACGCCCCCAUGACCGGAGACCCCAUCACUGAAUUUACUGUGGUUCCAGGAAACAGGAACAACGCCAUGCUGCAGAAUCUGCUCCCCGACACCCCGUACAACAUCACUGUAGUGGCAAUCUACGCCGAGGGCCCCGGAGGGUCCCUCAAUGGAAACGGACGUACAGUCGGCCUCUUGAGUCCCAGGAACCUUCGUGUCUCAGAUGAGUGGUACACCCGAUUCAGAGUGUCCUGGGACCCGGUGCCAGCUCCUGUCCAGGGAUACAAACUGAUCUACUCUCCUGCAGGCACAAACCAGCCUAUAGACAUGUUUGUGGGCGACGUGACCUCUUACACUCUGCACAACCUGCAGCCUGGAACCACCUACGAUCUUAAAGUGGUGGCCCAUUACACCGGCGGCGUGAGCGGACCGCUCCUCGGACAGGGAACAACACUCUACCUGAACGUCACCAACAUUGAGACCUUCAACGUCGACCACGACAAGUUCUGCAUCAAAUGGACUCCUCACAGGGCGGCCACAUCGUACCGCAUCAAACUCAACCCUGCGGACCCCUCCAGUAAAGGACAACAUGAGAUCACCAUCCCCGCCGGUCUGCCUCAGUACUGCUUUGACGGACUCUCACCUGACGCUCUGUACACCGCCACUGUGUUCGUUCAGACCCCAAAUCUGGAAGGCCCGGGAGUCAGCGCCAAAGAGAGAACGUUGGUGAAGCCCACUCCGGUUCCAACGCUCCCACCAACCCCGACCCCUCCGCCCACCAUCCCCCCAGGAUGGGCAGUUUGCAGAGGUGCAAAAGCAGAUGUGGUGUUCCUCAUCGACGGCUCCUGGAGCAUCGGCGAGGACAGCUUCACCAAAGUCGUGCAUUUUGUCUACGGCAUGAUCGGCGCCUUCGACGUCAUCGGACCCUCAGGAAUGCAGGUGUCAUUUGUGCAGUACAGCGACGACGCAAAGACAGAGUUCAGGCUGAACGCUUAUCAAGACAAAGGUGUCGCCAUGUCUUCACUGUAUCACAUCCCGUACCGAGGAGGAAACACCAAGACAGGAGGAGCGCUGAAACACACCUACGAGAAGGCCUUUUCCAUUGAAAAUGGAAUGAGGAGAAAUGUCCCCAAGGUAGUUGUGGCGAUCACUGACGGACGCUCUCAGGACGAGGUGAAGAAGAGCGCUGCCAAGCUGCAGCACGCAGGUUACAGCGUGUUUGCCAUCGGUGUUGCGGAUGUGGACUUCGUGGAGCUGCAGGGGAUCGGCAGCAAACCCAGCGAGAGACACGUCUUCGUUGUGGACGACUUUGACGCUUUCGACACCAUCAAGGAAAACCUGAUUACAUUCAUUUGUGAAACCGCAACAUCAUCGUGUCCCCUGAUUUUCCUUAAUGGAUUUACUUCACCUGGCUUCAGGAUGCUCGAAGCGUUCAACCUGACAGAGAAGACCUACAGUUACGUUAAAGGCGUCUCUAUGGAGCCGGGCUCCUUCAACAGCUACACGGCAUACAGACUCCACAAAAACGCCUUCCUGACCCAGCCAUCAACAGAGGUCCACCCUGAAGGUCUUCCCCACGCCUACACCAUCAUCCUGAUGUUCCGCCUCCUGCCCGACUCGCCCACUGAGGCCUUCGACAUCUGGCAGGUGUCGAGCAAAGAUCACAAGCCAGAAACUGGCGUCACCAUCGACCCCUCCAGCAAGACUGUGUCCUUCUACAACAAAGACGUGCGUGGGGAGAUCCAGAGGGCCACGUUCAACAACGAUCAAGUGAAGAGGAUCUUCCACGGAAGCUUCCACAAGCUCCAUAUCCUGGUCUCAUCCACCGGCGUCAAACUCAACAUCGACUGCCAAGAAGUGGCUGAAAAGGAGAUCAAGGAAGCUGGAAACACAUCCAGGGAUGGUUACCAGGUCCUGGGCAAGAUGUCCAAGUCCAUCGGCUCCAAAGGAGAAUCAGCAACUUUCCAGCUCCAGAUGUUCGAUAUUGUCUGCAGCUUGGGCUGGACCAGCAGGGACAGAUGUUGUGACCUCCCAUCUAUGAGAGACGAGCUGAAGUGUCCGUCUCUUCCCAACUCCUGCAGCUGUACCUCAGCGGGCACCGGGCUGCCAGGGACUCAGGGAUCGGUGGGUGCCCCCGGCAGCAAAGGUCCCCGAGGUGAAAGAGGAGAGGCCGGUUCUCCUGGGCCGAUCGGCCCGCGUGGAGAUAACGGACCACCGGGGCCCAUGGGUCUGCCCGGCCCUCAAGGACCCAGCGGGCUGUCGAUUCCAGGAGAGGCAGGCCGCCCUGGACCAAAGGGAGACCCCGGUGACUCUGGAUUACCUGGACAGAAAGGUUCACCUGGAACUCCUGGUGCCGCCGGCCCGAUCGGACCAGCUGGAGUUAGGGGCCCUCCAGGAAAAGAAGGACCGGCUGGACCCAGAGGCCCCGCAGGGCCCAUGGGACCUCCAGGAUCUCCAGGAAUACAAGGUGCUGCAGGAAACCCAGGAAACCCUGGAGAAUCUGGCUCUCCUGGUUCUGUCGGUCAAAAGGGAGACAAGGGCGAGAGAGGCGACUUUGCUCCUCAGAACAUGAUGCGAACCAUCGCCAGACAGGUUUGCGAGCAGCUAGUAAACGCACAAAUGACUCGCGUCAACACGUUACUGAACCAGAUCCCCAACGGCAUGUACCGCAGCAAUAGCCCCGGCCCUCCGGGGCCUCCCGGAUCCCCAGGCAGGCAGGGACCCCGCGGAGAGCCGGGCCCCACAGGAAGGAACGGUUUCCCAGGAAGUCCAGGUUUACCCGGCCAGCAGGGAGAGAGAGGUCCUGCAGGAGAGAAAGGCGACCGAGGAGUGUCAGGAGUCGGACAGAAAGGGCCGCGAGGGCCCCCUGGUCCACCAGGAGAAAGCCGGACAGGCCCUCCUGGCCCUUCAGGCUCUGCCGGACCUCGUGGUCCCCCCGGACGUCCAGGAUACGCCGGAGUCCGCGGACCCCCCGGACCUCCUGGAUACUGCGACUCUUCUCAGUGUGUCGGUAUUCCUUACAACGGGCAAGGAUACGGAGGUUCACAGUAGACUUUCUAUGCUGCUUUCACUGACUUCCUGAAAAAAAACUCAAAACGUCCUAUAACUUGCUCACACGCUCUAGAGCUGUUUUUAAAAAGGAUAACCGCCAAAAGGAAACCAUUAACAAACUUUGCUGAAAAACAACACCAACAAAGAGGGAAACCAGUACUAACAACGACUCACAGCCAGUAGAACAAAACCCCACCUGCACAGCGGUGAUGGCACCGACCUGCUUAGUGGCCUGUUUGCAUCUAGAAGCCAAAGACCAAACAAAGAAACGUGUUCAGUGGAGGAGCAUGCACCAAACAGCAUCAACAACAACAACCAACCCAAACAAAUACUAACAAAAGGUGGAUUUGUAACAGAGUGCAACUACCACAGCAUCGCCAGCAACAACAGCACCAACAACUCUGUUAACAGCAUUUCUCUCCAGGUGACGUGUAAAUAAACUAAUUUGUGCCUUGUAAAUGAUGUUUGAAUCAAGUCCACUAAAUUUAGUUUUUAACAUCUGUAGUUUUAAAGCUUGUGCCUUGCAAACAACAACAACCUGCUGCUUGCUGAAUGCCAACAAAAACGCCUCUUUUUCAAAAUUUUAUUUUGUUUUCCUGCCCAUGUGUUAGUAGCUGUUUUUUAAACUGCUCAGGGCCAGUCUACACAUGUGACCCCUGGAGGUUUAGUUUUGCCAUUUUAAAAAAUGAAUCUAGCUUUGUUUUAUUUUACUUUCCUCCCCGACAUGUAUCUGUAUGUUGUUAUAAAAAAACUGCUCAUUAUGCCACUCCAAAGAAGAGUCUCCAGGCUGGUGGUAGAAGAAGUUGAUUUAUAUGCAGAAAUGUUUUACUGUUUUAUUUUGUAAAUGAAUGAGUUGUGGAGAAAAGACAGCUUUGAUAAAACCUGAACUUCUAACAGCAACAGAAAGGGGGGGAAAAAGCACUGAAAUGUUUACCAGGGGCGUGUUCAAAGGAGCCUUGGGUGACCUACCCCCAUCCCACCAGAUCAUUCACCUGCUAAAUCAAGGGUUUAAGUUAAAGAUAAUUUACUUAGCCUUUUCUUUUAAAAACAGUAUCCUGAUAUAAAGAAUCUUAUGCUGAUGUGUACUGUAUGACUGUACUGUAUAACUUUAAGUCAUAAUAACCUGCAGCCUGUUGAACCAAUAACUGCUACGUCACUAUGUCUAGUUAGUUUUACUUAAAUGCAUGAUUUCAGCCCGUUUCUGACCCUAUUUGAGUCAAAAGACUCAUUUUAGAGUAAAGUUCACCAAAUUUCGAUAGAGCCACGAGAAUAUUCCCCACGAUCAGCGCCUUUUUUCCCCCCUCACAGCGCCAUCUAAUAAUGUCCACACAAUGCUAGCUGCCAAGUUAACAAUCUAAGCGUAGCUAGCUUACCUCCAAUUACCUCUGCAAAAUGGACAAGCCACGCUGUCAACGUCUUCCUAGCCACCUAGUCCAUAAAAACCACCACUGUUGAUUCUCGCAGCAGCCAUCUUGGAUCAUGAAGUCGGCGUAGUGCAGUUCUCCCGACUUUCCAUGUCAAAUGGAACGCACCAUUUUCAUUGCAGACUGGAAUUAAACAGCAAGUUGUCUAAAAUCAUACCGUGCAGCAUUCAGAUAAAAUGGGAGAGAGACUAACUAGUGACAGGACGUAAGAGACGUACAAUACUGUUUAAUUAUAAAGGAUAAAAUAUCACAUUUUAUUAUUGAAAUGUGUUAUUAGGCAACACUAUCAAUCACUUCAAAUCCCUUAUUAAAUCUACUAAGAUUAAGCUUUCAAUCUUACUGCAUGAUAAUUACAUUAAAAUAACAGUUGUAGCUUAUUAACUUUUACACCUCAUUUUUCACAAUCUACUUGUUACAAAUUUUUAGUCCUGAUUCAUAACAUUAACAUAUAACAGUGGAUGACUUUGAAUUGUGAAUUUUAAGUUGCAUUGUCACUCUAUUGUAACUAACAUGUAUUGUGCAAACUGAUGUACCGUACCUCCUACACUACGUCUGCAAAUAAUGAUUAUUCAUUAUUAUUUUAUCUGCUGAUUAUUUUUAAUCAUUUGUUCAAUAGAAUGUAAACAAGAGCAGCAAAUCCUUAAAACUAAAAACCAGAGAAUGUUUGGUGUUUUCGUAUUAAAAAUGAUUUGACUACUUGAUUACCAAAUUGUUGCUGAUUAAUUGUCUGUCGAUCGACUAAUUGCCUCAGCUCUAGUUUGAACUUUCACACAGUUGGUGCAACAGCAUGCUGGUUAAACUACAUAAGUUAGCCAGGCUAAUGUUGUUAGCUUUGUUAGUUCGGUAACUCCAGUCCACAAAUAUUAGUUUUCAGCAGACAUUCAUAAACCAGUGAGCGAAAAAUGGGAACAAAUUGUACCUGUAACACCUGCUGUAUCACAUCAAGACGCUCCUCAAAACGUCCCCAAAAAUACUGUGGACACACCCCUGCUGUUUACUAACCAUCUGUGUCAGUGCUUUAGUCGUCAGUCAGAUGCAAACGCUACAUUUUAAAACACGUUCUUUUUGUGCAUGCUGAGUAAAACUUACGCUCAAUUGGCCCGAACGCUAUCUCCGAGCAGGCCAAUACCCACCUGAACCCGACACCAGAGUAGCCCCAGUCCCCGAGGAGGAAGAGCUGUCGCAAAACCAGCGUCGAAAGAGAUCACUAUCAAGAAAGGCUUCCAGCAGGCCAACAUCUUAAGACGAGCCAUGCUGUCUUUUUAUUUUUUUUUUUUUCUCUUGUUCAAACUGUGUUUGUUGUUGGAUUUAUGCACAUUUAUACACAAAAAAAAUGGGGUUUGACACCUCAACUCUAUUGGAAAUGACCUUUUUUAAAUGCCUUAAAAACGUAUGUGAAUAUAAAUUUUUUGUGGCAGGGGAAAGGUGUGGACAGAGGGAGGGAGUUUGGGGGCAAUGGAUUUAACAACAAAUGGGAGAAAAAUGAUGUUCCAUAAAAACAACAACCUGUGAGCUUUCUUUUUCCCCCACUUGUGUCUUAUGCUUGUAACAUAUUUGCAUCAAGUAGUUAGAUCUAGCAAUGUUGAACAGUAACAAAGCUAAAGGAAAAAGAAAGAAAAUGUUUGUUCACAGUGUUGGGACAUCAGAUCCGUAAUAGUUCAUCCAGUAUGUUAAAUAUAAUCCUUCUCAUUCAGUUUUGUCUUCUAAGGAGGUUCAGUUCCAUUACAGCAGUUAAACACCGCUUUCAUUUUGUAUCUCUAGACUUUAAUAUUUAUCAGUUUACCUUUUAUUCCGUCACAGUUAAUUUUAACAAAACGUGGAAUUGCAUGUCUGUGGUGUAUAUUUAGUACAUGUUUUGUUACAUUUCAGUUUGUUUUAACCAGAAUAUAGUUGUUGUCAUUCUCUCAGUAUAAAAUGCAGUCGGAAAAAAACCUGCAUGCAAGACUAUGGAAAUGGUAUUGCUGCUUCAUGUUUGAACUGCAGAUUGUGAAUUCCACAGCCUUAUUUUCUUAUUUAUUUCUGAAAACAGAAGAAGAGGCAUUUUUCAAUAAAACUACUGAAAAUUUA